UGUGUGUGAGCAAGGAGAGAACAGAUUGGGGCUUUUGUGGUGAAAAAGCAUCCGAUGCUGUUAACCAGAAGCACAGCAAUUGCAAACACAGAGGUUGACUGCUGAAUUGCGGGAGGAACUGCCAAGUGGGGAAGAAUCUAUUUAUACUGAGCCUUACGAAAUCGGGAAUAUGUUGUCCUGUUACAGGGCACCAGGCACUGCCUGGUGCUCAGAAAUAAGGCUCAACAGAAGCAAUAUUCUGUAUUUUGCUUUGGCUCCUUGGUGCUCACAAGGACUGGGCUUGCUCUUAGCUUCGGCCGGUGAUCUGCUAACAGAAACUGGGAGCAAUCCGACCUCCGGCUCCUGGGGCUGUCCUCUGCAGACACCAGGCUUGGCGAUGAAAACAAGAUGUUUUUUCUCUUCCCUUAUAGCCAGGAAUGUGCUAGCCUAGCUGUGAGCCACAGAAAGAAGCCCCUGCUCUGUGGCAGCAGCAGCUACCCCUCCAUCUCAUGGUGCUGCUGCUGGAUCCGUCCCAGGGCAGCAUGUCCGGCCUGGCACCGGCUCGUUUCUGCAGUAACACUUCGGAGAGCUCACAGCCUGAAGAGCAGAUUUCCAGGGAUAGCAGCUCUAAUCAGCAAAGGCAAUAGAAAUGAUUCAUGGAAAAUUUUCCCAAAUCAGCCUGAUUCCCAGGCCAGUGAGCCCCUCACGCAUCCCUCCUCCCUCUCUCCUCCCCUUCCACCAGCUUUCCUUCCCUCCCCCACUCCGAGCCAGGCUGCUCGGAGAAAAGGCACAGCCUGUGUGACAGCAGGAGGGAGAGGGAGCUGGAGAUAGCAGCAAGAAGAAGCUGUGCACAGGGCUGAGAAGUGCUGCAUGCCGUCUUCCGAGGCAGCAUCCGAGCCUGGAAGAGCAGGGAACCUACUGCUUGCAGCGUCUCUCGACACUUGGUUGGCAUCUGCAGCAGGUGCUGGGAAUCUGAAGAGGGCAGAAUGGGCUGAGAAAUGCCACCGGCAAUCCAGAUCAGUCCGGGUGAUGCAAACAACUGGGUGUGCGGCUGACCAAAAUGCAGCAGCAAGAGACAAAUAACCCGAGAGGAAAAUCAGCAAAAGCAAAACCCGGGCUGCAGAAUUCCCCUGGCUCUGGAAGCAAAUCUGUGCACAGGGACUGCUGAUCUGCCAUCAGGUGGCUUCUUGCAAAGACCCUGAGUUUUUUUCGGCUGUGAAUCUUUUCAAGCUAACGUGAAGAGGUCUGCCUGGCAAAUACUCCUCCGGUAGUUUGACAGGAGCUGGCAUCUUCUGCGCUGAAUUUCUGAGCUGGUGGAGGGACGAGGCAUGUCUGUAGCCAGCAUCCUGAGGCUCCCCAGGAAACAGAUCCUGUGAGGCGAAAGGUUAAAGUGGGAUCAUGGGAGGGAAACAAGUCAAAUGUCUCGCAUCACCCAGUCCUAUCCAUAGCACAAAGAGUGAAUCCACUGUAACCCCGUCAGAGGAGAAAGCAGGAUAUGCGAUUAUCCACACUGAAGAAACAGAAAGUAAAACAGAAGAGACAGAAUCUCACUUCCAGCCUGACUGGCAAGCAGGGAACCCUGUGUCACAUUUGGAGAAUUCAUGGGAGGAGCAGCUUUUGGAACAACAGGACCAUUUGGAAAAGGAAAUGGAGGAAGCAAAGAAGAUGAUAUCAGGUUUGCAGGCUUUGCUGCUCAAUGGAUCUUUACCUGAGGAUGAGCAGGAAGGAUCCUUUGAACUUUGUGAGCAUGGAGCCUGCCCUGAAGAGCAGCUGAUCAUAAUCCGAAGUCGUCUGGACCAGAGUGUGGAAGAAAAUCAAGACCUAAAGAAGGAGCUGUUGAAAUGCAAACAAGAAGCUCGAAACCUACAGGGGAUAAAGGAUGCUCUCCAGCAAAGGCUGGCUCAACAGGACGCUUCAGUUCUUCAGCUAAAGCAGGAGCUGCUGAGAGCCAACAUGGACAAGGAGGAGUUGCACAACCAGAAUGUUGAUCUUCAGAGGAAGGUUGAAGAGAGAAACCGGUUGUUGGCAGAAUACAAAAAGGAACUGGGCCAGAAGGAUCGGCACUUACAGCAGCAUCAAACCAAACUGGAUGAAAUGCUAAGGCAGCUUUCUGAGGCCAGCUACCAGCAGGUGGAUUUGGAGCGGGAGCUGGAGCACAAAGAGGCCCUGCUAGCUCACUGCAUGAAGAGGGAAGCUGAAGAGGUGAUGGCAUACAGCAGUCACAGUGCUCAGAGCAAUGGCUUCCUCCAGACAGCAGGAAAAGGAGCUGCUCCUGCAGCCCACCGAGGGACAAAUGACUUGCAGCUUGUUCGUGAUGCACUCCGUAGUCUGAGGAACAGUUUCAGUGGCCACGACCCACAGCACCACACUAUUGACAGCCUGGAGCAGGGCAUCUCCAGCCUGAUGGAACGGUUACACCGCAUGGAGAUGCAGAAGAGGCAAGAGAGAAGGAUCCGGGGGAAAUCACCAGCAAGCAGAGCAACAAAUGAGUGUAGAGACUCCUGGCCUCCAAACUCCAAACUGCCUCAUUCUCACAGCACACCUGUGAUGAGCACCAGUGCCUGCACCAAAGUGUUGUACUUCACUGACCGCUCCCUCACACCUUUCAUGGUCAACAUACCAAAGAGGUUAGGGGAAGUGACUCUGAAGGAUUUUAAGGUAGCUAUUGAUCGUGAAGGAGCCCACCGGUACCACUUCAAAGCCCUGGAUCCAGAGUUUGGCACAGUCAAGGAGGAGGUAUUCCAUGAUGAUGAUAUCAUUCCUGGUUGGGAGGGGAAAAUUGUGGCCUGGGUGGAAGAAGACCACGGGGAGAAUUAAUCAAGCUUUUAGGCCUUGUCACUAUGGAAACCUGUAACUGGCUGCUGAGUUCGGAGAACGACCAAAAAGCAUGCGUGCUGGAAGGAGUCCAAUUCAAGCUGCCAAAAGAAAAGAUUUUUCUCUGCAAGCAACGGGUAAUGCAUGUUGUGUGCAUGGAUGCCUGACUUUCUGUGGCCAAACACAGACAGCGUUGUGGGACUGACAUGAUUGUCUGUGGGAAAGAAACACCUUGCUUUGUCCUAUCAACAGAACCCUGAAGGCCUUAACGGUGCAUUUUUCCUUUCCCCUGCUUCUCCAUUCCUGCAGUAUGUGCUGCAGUCGGUGAUCUGGGCGUUUCAAGUCUGGUUUGUUGUACACAGUAGUGCAUAAGUCUGCACUGAUGGCAAAAAUGUAAAGUUUUGCCUUUGAGUCAGAAGAAGCCACUGGAGUGUGCAAGCAGAAGGUUUGGCCAACUUUGGUCUCAGACUUGCAUGUGCUGCAGGAGCAGAGGGAACUUCGUGUACAGCCCAGACUGAGUAUAGAAGUGUGACCUGGGGAAGGAAGACAGUCUUCUGGAGGUUUUCUGCAUAAUCUGAAGCAAAGAUCACCAGCCUGGCAAAGCUUCCUUUUUCCCAAAUUCAGGCUUCCGCUUCCUAGCCCUGCUUCUCCCCCUUGCCCUCCUGUACUCACUUCUGAGGUUGUCUGGGUUUGCUUUGUUGCUGUAGGGACUGUGGGAUCUUGGUGCUUGCUUUUCUGCUGAAGGAUUUCAUUUGGGGAGGCAGGAGCUGGAAUCAGCUGCUUCCCCGAGGUACUUACAGGACCCCUCCUUGUUGAGUCCCUCUCUUUGCACUCCCACUGUCUCCUCUGUAAGCACAGUGGACUGAUUGUCACCUCCUGUGCACAGGCAUCGCUGUGCUGGUGUCCACUGAUUGCCAGGGCCACCAAACAUAACCACACCGGUGGGAUAAAUCCUAUCAGUAGCACUAUCUGUUCUUUGGUAGGCCUGCUCCUGGGCUUUCUGAAGGAGCAAGAAAUAAAUGGCUGGCUGGGAGGGUGCACACCCUGAUCAUCCCCAAGCCUUGUGUUUUUUGUGUUCUAUUUUGGUUUGUUUGUUUCUUUCCCCCUUCAUUGCCUGCCUCUGUCCUUCUGCUGCCAGUCAGCUGUACGCACACAGCGCUGGCUCUGGUCUGCAGCAGACACUGUUGACUUAAAAGGUCAAAUGGCAAGUCAAGGUUCUGCUCAUUCUCGCUGCAUGUGGCCCUUUCAUGGACUACCCACGUGUCUGUGCUGUGGAUGAGGCUGGGAAAGGGUGACCCUGGUUUCACUGUUUUAUAUUAACAUGUCCUUUUGUAAAUACGUUACUGUUUGGAAUUAUUUUGUACCAGUUUACAUUGUCUGAGGACUGUGGAUAUUUUUAUACCAGUGCAAGUGCUUUCUGUAUAUUUCUGCACGCAUUAUAUCGUGUUUUACUCACUUUUUAGUGGAUGCUGAGAUGUUUUGUAUGGUCUCUUGUUCACACAACACUGGGCUUGAUCUUAUUUUACUGUGGAACUCCAGCUGGCUCCUACUGGGUUUUAUAUUCUGCCAGCUUGUACAGGCAGUAAAAAUACUAUUUCCUCCCACACUGCUUCACUGUCCAGGAAGCUCAAGGCUUUUACCUGGUCCUGUGCCACACUGGCACACCACAACAUACAACAUGCCUGUUGUGCCCUACAGCUCGUUAUGGUGACUUUCAGUGUCAGUGGGACAGCUCGUCAAUGGACAAGUUCAUCAGGGGCUGCGGGGGGGUGGGUGGGACACAUCUCUUGAAAAAAAAACAAGAUUCUCUUCCUCCCUGGAAAUUGUUUCACUGUUGCAUGAUCUUUAGUAGGUUGUUAAAGAGAGCAUGGGCUUGUUAUGCUGAAAUCAAUUGUUGUAUUUCGAUUGCAAUUUUUUCCUCAAGUGUUGCUUCAAGUUUUGCUUAUCAAUUUUAUUUCAGCAAGAGCCACACACCCACACUGGAACUUUAUGGAGACAGUUUUCAAGGUCUGCAGUUGCCAGUUCAAUACUACUGCUUGGUUUUGGAGUACUGAAGACACAGGAGGCUGUUAAUGUGAUCAGAGCUUCUGGUUCAAUUUAGCCUUGUCCAGUAGGCAUCCAAUUUUCUCAUGGAAAAUAAAGCAGAUGUUAGCUGAUACAGGAGACAGUUGGGAGCCUCAGCCUUGUUCUUAGGCCAGUUCAGGCAGCUAAUCACGGGCAUGUUUAAUAUGCUUACUAACCUUCCUACCCAUGAGUCAAAGACUGAACCAGAUCUCUGGCAGCCUUUCAGCAACAUGCUCUCCAGAGCAGCAGUGGGCUGUAUCAGAGGAGCAAGACCAGACAAGACUUGCUUUUUGGGGUUGUCAGCAACAAACCUAUCAUCAGUGCUAAUGUCACAUGUAAGCUAACAUGCAAACGACAUUCCCUGAGACGGAACAGGUAGCAGUGCUUCGUUUUUGGGUCCCUAUAUGCAUCUCCCUUUAUGAUAGUGAAGGUGGGACUCCUACCAUUGCUGGCACUGAAGCUGAAGGCCCUGCUUUGCCUCAUUCACUCCCAAAAAGUUUGGUGAGCUUUUUGGGUUCAGCUUUGUGCCUGCAGUGACACUGCAGCCUUCACCAGAUGUUUUACCUCUUGUGAUUUACAGGAAGGGGUCUGAAGCAGGUAAGAAAUGGGGAUAAGAGGUAUUAGAUUACAAGUCCUUGGUUUGGAUGGGUUUUGCUGAUAAAACCAAAAGCUGUUGCUUUUACAUCAGGCUGACACUACUGUACCACUGACUGUAGUGAAUUUAUUCUGGGAAUAUGCUCUUAAUGUCAUACCCAGGACCUGUAUUUUUGCUGUUUUGAAUGUGUAUUUCUACCCAACUCUCUUCAAAGUUACUUUCCUGCUCCUAUACUUGUAACUUGGUUAUGUAACACAUGGUAUGUGUAAAAUUAUAUUUUCAUAGAAACUCUA